AUGGCGGACGACUUGGACGACUCGAUGCGUCUUUGGCGCUAUGCCAGCGAGCUGCUGGACGGCUCGUCUAGUCCGGACGACCUUCACAACGGGCAGGCCCCUCGCUCCAUCAAGGGUUUUACGGGAGCACUGUCCCUUCACGAAUACCGCAAGUCGCUGUCGCAGUCGCAUGAGCGCGUCGGCGAUCCUGCCGAUCGUGGUUCAGGGAGGACUCUCAAGCGCAAGCCCCGGGCCCUGAAUUUGAAUUGGAACAAGUCCACUCCGGCGUUCUCCUCUCUUUCUUCCUAUCCGGUGUCUGUGUCGUCUGCGACGUCCAGUACUCCUCCGCUGUCGCCGUCGUAUUCUCAUAGUGUGGUCUCUCAGCGCAGUGAGCAGGACUCUGAGGUCUUUGAUAGUAUCCCUGCUCCACGGGUGACUCUUGUCUCGGACAAUUCUGCGCGUCCCAAACCAAAUAACCGCAAGCGGGUGAACACUUAUCGCGAGAAACGACAGAGAACCGCCCAAACCCCAGCUCAUCACUCUCCUCUGGCUCAGGAAGAUCCCAAAAUGCUGGCACACACCACCCAAGCAGCCGCGAUCGUCUCGCACGGCGGGGCGUCGUUUGAGAUCUUGAACCCGCGCAAGUCGCUGGAUGUGGCUCGCAUCGUCUCGUUCAUUGAGGAUGUUGAUGGCUGCUCGAUGUUCUCCGACAACAGACGAGACUCUCGGAUCUCGUCCACUACUUUCUCUCUCGAGCAGGGUCUGGACCGCAUCUCUCUCUCCCAGUUCACAGACGCUUCGCUGCCAUCGCAUUACUCCUCGCAGUCUCUAUAUUCUUCUCUACCGGGGCUCUACCCCAUGCCCAAGUCGCCACUAACAGGGAAUGACCGGAUUCGUUCCCUGUCUGAAUAUUCUACCGACUUACAACAGGCCGAUUUGACAUCGCCGCCUCUUGAUGAGGAUAACCACGCACACUACUACGAACAGGACCAAAUCAACCACGACCUCCUCAGCGACGCACCACACAGCAAUAAUACACACAUGACUUCCAUCCCUGAACGUUACGACGAAAGAAGGGAGCCAUGUUCUCCUGGCUCCCAACCAACCCUCUACUCCGGAGGCAGUGACAUCGGCGAACCUGGGUCCCCCGUCUACGCCAACGGCGAAUGGGCCCAGGUCAACGAGCGAGACCGCGGUAUCUUCUUCGACCUGCCCCAGCCUGCACUCUCUCCCGCUAUUUCUCCUUCUUCCACUGUCCCCCCGACACCAGCUCACUCGGACACAUACCACCCUUUCCCAUCAUCUAGCUACGCAAGCCUCUACGAUCCGUACGACCCUCUCUUCCUGGAUCCGCAUAUCCGCGAGGUCUUAGCUGCUGCCACGGCAGAGAACAUGGGUCUCCGCGCCUCUGGCCCGGCGCGCGCGCUGGACGACCUGCAGCGCCGGUCUCGCGAUCCCUCGUCUGGACAGUUGGGAAGUCGCAGAGGCAGUGAGCGGAAAGCUUCGUUUUCGCAGCGGGUGGGCUUUCGGAAGUUUUUUAGCUGGCGUGGGGGUCACUAA